UGUCAAAAACUGAUUCAAAAUAAACUUUAUUUAGAUUUCAACUCAUAUGAACAAAAUAAUUUAAAAUAACUCAACUUUAAUAUAGAUUUAACUCGAUUAGACUUGACCUCACCAAACCCGACCCAAUAUCCAAAUUGACACCUCUAAACAACCCUAAAAAAGCGAGUAACAACAAUCUAGUCUAGAUCUAAAAAACCACAAAGUCUAACACAGUCCAAGCCCAAAACCCUUUAUAUUGAUCAUCUUCUUCCCUCUUUCACCCCUCAACUUCUUCAUACUUUCGCUCCUUCUACUACUGGAAAAUUUCGCAAUUCAUCAUCUUCAACUUGAAUCUGCAAUUGAUUUUCCAGUCAAUCGAUCAAUCGAAUAAGAAAUCCAGGAAGCAUUAAUCUCAGCUGUAACAAUGGAUGUAGAAUUGAUAGAUAAAAGAGUGUUGGAGUAUUUGCAGAAGAAAGGUUUCAAGCAAACUGAAAUCGCUUUUCAAGAAGAACAACAACAACAACAAUCGAAGAAUUCUUCGUCGAAUUCUCAUACUGACCCAGAUGUCGCUAAGCUCAUCCUCACCUUUACUUCCGAGUCAGAGAGCCUUCCUGCACAAUAUCAUGAUGGGUACAGUAAGCUUAGAUCAUGGGCUCAUAAUUCCUUAGAUUUAUACAAGCAUGAAUUGCUUCGAGUACUUUAUCCAGUGUUUAUACAUUGUUUCAUGGAUCUUGUUGCAAGGGGCCAUCUACAAGAAGCCCGUAAUUUCUUCAUUACCUUCCGCGAAGAUCAUGAAACUAUGCAUCAAAGAGAUCUGCAGAAGCUCGAAGGUGUUCUGUCACCCUCUCAUUUGGAGGAGAUGGAGUUUGCCCACACUUUAAGGCAAAGCAAAGUAAACAUCAAGAUCUGUCAGUACUCGUACGAGCUUCUCCUCCAGUAUCUGCAUAACACUCGGUCUAUAACAAUGCUUGGAGUUAUAAAUGAGCAUAUCAACUUCCAAGUUUGCCCUGGUCAGCCCGGUUCAAUAUCAGACGAUGCUGACGCGAUGACUCUGGUUGAUGGUGGCCAAGAUGCAGCAAAUUUAAUAAAUCAAAAAGAAAUCCAGUGGGGGAUGCUGGAAGAUUCGAUUGAAGACCGCUUGGAGAAGGGUGGAGGUUUGCUCUUAGACUCUGAAAAGGUAGAUACGGAAAACAAGGAAGGGGAGAAUGAAGAAAAUAAGGUAAAAAAAUCUGCUGACGGAGGAAAGCAAGGUGCAUCAGUAAAAAAGUCCAAAAAAGAUAAAGUUGGAGGCACUGGAAAAACUGCUCGUCCAGAAGCCAACACACCUAUGGCACCAAGAGUCAAACCAGAGCUUCCUUUGCCUGCAAUACCAAUUGAAGUUGAACAUUCUAUCCUGGAAGACCUUCGUAAUCGUGUGCAGUUGAGUAGUGUGGCCCUGCCAUCUGUAAGCUUCUACACAUUUAUAAAUACACACAAUAGUUUAAACUGUGCAUCAAUUUCACAUGAUGGAUCCUUGGUUGCUGGUGGAUUUUCCGACUCUUCUUUAAAGGUCUGGGACAUGUCACAGCUUGGGCAACAAACGAGCACUUCUGCUCUACAGGGUGAAAAAGAUGCAGCUGGAAAUGAACAAAUGCUUGGUACAAAUGGUGUUAAAAGACCCUAUACUUUGUUUCAGGGUCAUUCUGGGCCUGUUUAUUCUGCUUCGUUUAGCCCCCUUGGGGAUUUUAUACUCUCUUCUUCAGCAGAUUCAACUGUGCGGCUUUGGAGCACAAAACUAAAUGCCAAUCUUGUUUGCUACAAGGGUCAUAAUUAUCCUGUAUGGGAUGUGCAGUUCAGCCCCUAUGGUCACUAUUUUGCUAGCUGUUCUCAUGAUAGAACAGCAAGGAUCUGGACCAUGGACAGAAUACAACCUCUAAGAAUCAUGGCUGGACAUUUAUCAGAUGUUGAUUGUGUCCGGUGGCAUGUAAACUGUAAUUACAUAGCUACUGGAUCUAGUGAUAAAACAGUUCGAUUAUGGGACAUUCAGAGUGGGGAGUGUGUCAGGAUAUUUAUUGGUCACAGGAGUAUGAUAUUGUCCUUGGCAAUGUCACCUGAUGGUCGGUAUAUGGCAUCUGGCGAUGAAGACGGUGCAAUCAUGAUGUGGGAUCUUGCUAGUGGACGUUGCAUUACCCCUUUGGUGGGUCACACAUCAUGUGUAUGGUCACUUGCUUUCAGUGGUGAAGGCUCACUUCUUGCCUCCGGAUCAGCUGACUGCACUGUUAAACUGUGGGAUAUCAAUGCAAGCACAAAGACAUUGAGAUCUGAGGAAAAAACUGGGAGUUCAAACAGACUUCGGUCGUUGAGGACUCUUCCUACCAAAUCAACACCAGUUUACUCUCUGAUGUUUUCAAGAAGGAAUCUGCUAUUUGGUGCUGGGGUUCUUUCUAAACGUUCAUGAUUAAAUUAGCAGAUAAUUGUAAGCUGUAGAUGUAAGCAGAUAAGGUGAGACGCCCUUUUGAUCAUUCAAUUUGUUAUACUAGUAGUUUAUAUAGACACAUAGAUUAGACGUAGCUGUUAGGAACUGCUUUAGUUGGGUAUUCAAGGUGGAUUAGAAGUGGUAGUUUUUUUUUUUUACUGUAAUGCUUCUAUUCAGUAGCUGCUGAUUCUUUUAUCAUGAAAAGACAUGAUUUUGUCAUAUAUUGUUAUUGUAAAAAAUGUACUUUUACCUAACUGUAUCAGGUUUUGUUAUUAUAGCCAUGAGUAAACGUUAUACUGCGUAUAUACAAGUAUUUCCCAAAGUAAUGUUAAGUUGAGGACUUGAGGAUAUAUGACAAAAUCAUGGGUUGUACACUGUUAUUAUAUGUUAAGUAGUGUUACUAUUCUAAAACUUGUAAUUUCUUAUUGACUACAUUUAACAUUUUUCUUCUAUAUUUGAUAAGGUAGAUUAAAAUUUUUGAUGAGGUUGUAUUGAGGAAGGACGGUGGCAAAAUUUUGCUGGAAAGAUAGAACAGGGAAGGGGUUGGGAAGGGUUUUUUUUUUUUUUUUUUUUUUUUUUUUUUUUUUUUUGAACUAUGGAGUGUAAAAUUCUUUGUAAUAGUGAGAUAUUGUUGGGGCAAUUAUGUCAAUGGUGCCUGCAUACGUUUUAGCUUACAUAGCUCAAUAGUUGGCAACUUUGCUAGCCACAAGUUUGGAAUUUUUUUUUUUUUUUCUUACCAAUAAUAUGGGUUAAAUUUAGGCCA